AUGUGGAAGAGCUGUAAGGAUGGGGGAGGAUCAGCCUGCCAUGUUGUGUUUUACUGCCUGCCUCUGCCUCUGCCUCUGCCCCUGCCCCUGCCUCUGCCCCUGCCUCUGCACCUGCCCCUGCAUCUGCCCCUGCAUCUGCCCCUGCCCCUGCAUCUGCCCCUGCAUCUGCCCCUGCCCGUGCCCCUGCAUCUGCCCCUGCCCCUGCAUCUGCCCCUGCCCGUGCCCCUGCAUCUGCCCCUGCCCCUGCCUCUGCACCUGCCCCUGCAUCUGCCUCUGCCCCUGCCUCUGCCUCUGCCCCUGCCUCUGCCCCUGCCUCUGCCUCUGUCUCUGCUCCUGCCCCUGCAUCUGCCACUGCCCCUGCAUCUGCCUCUGCCCCUGCCUCUGCCCCAUGCCUCUGCCUCUGCCUCUGCCCCUCUGCCCCUGCCCCUGCCUCUGCCUCUGCCUCUGCCUCUGAACCUGCCCCUGCCUCUGCCCCUGCCUCUGCCCCUGCCUCUGCCCCUGCCCCUGCCCUUGCCCCUGCCUCUGUCCCUGCCUCUGCCCCUGCCUCUGUCCCUAACUCUGCCUCUGCCCCUGCUUCCGCCCCUGCCUCUGCCUCUGCCCCUGCCUCUGCCCUUGCCUCUGCCCCUGCCCCUGCCCCUGCCCCUGCCUCUGCACCUGCCAAUGCAUCUGCCCCUGCCCCUGCAUCUGCCCCUGCAUCUGCCCCUGCAUCUGCCCCUGCCCGUGACACCUGCAUCUGCCCCUGCCCCUGCCUCUGCACCUGCCCCUGCCCCUGCCCCUGCAUCUGCCCCUGCCCCUGCCCCUGCCCGUGCCUCUGCCCCUGCAUCUGCCCCUGCCCCUGCAUCUGCCUCUGCCCCUGCCUCUGCCUCUGCCCCUGCCUCUGCCCCUGCCUCUGCCUCUGCCUCUGCCCCUGCUUCUGCCUCUUCUGCCUCUGCCCCUGCCUCUGCCUCUGCCUCUGCCUCUGCCCCUACCUCUGCCCCUGCCUCUGCCCCUGCCUCUGCCUCUGCCCCUGCCUCUGCCUCUGUCCCUACCUCUGCCUCUGCCCCUGCCUCUGCCUCUGCCUCUGCCCCUGCCUCUGCCCCUGCCUCUGCCUCUGCCCCUGCCCCUGCCUCUGCCUCUGCCUCUGCCUCUGCCUCUGCCUCUGCCUCUGCCCCUGCCUGCACCCCCUACUGCACUCUUCUACUGCACUCCCCUACUGCACCUCCCUACUGCACCCCCCUACUGCACCUCCCCUACUGCACUCCCCCCCUAUUGCACCACCCCUACUGCACACCCCUACUGAACGCCCCUACUGCACCUCCCUACUGCACUCCCCUACUGCACCUCCCCUACUGCAACUCCCUACUGCACUCCCCUACUGCAACUCCCUACUGCACUCCCCUACUGCACUCCCCUACUGCACUCCCCUACUGCACUCCCUUACUGCACCUCCCCAACUGCACAUCCCUACUGAACGCCCCUACUGCACUCCCCUACUGCACUCACCUACUGCACCUCCCCUACUGCACUCCCCAACUGCACUCCCCUACUGCACCUCCCUACUGCACUCCCCUACUGCACCUCCCCAACUGCACAUCCCUACUGAACGCCCCUACUGCACCCCCCUACUGCACUCCCCUACUGCACCUCCUUACUGCACCUCCCCAACUGCACGUCCCUACUGAACGCCCCUACUGCACUCCCCUACUGCACUCCCCUACUGCACCUCCCUACUGCACUCCCCUACUGCCAUUCCCUAUUGCACUCCCCCCCUAUUGCACCACCCCUACUGCACCCCCCUACUGCACUCCCCUACUGCACGUCCCUAUUGCACCACCCUACUGCACCCCCUACUGCACCCCCUACUGCACCUCCCCUACUGCACUCCCCUACUGCCAUUCCCUAUUGCACUCCCCCCUAUUGCACCACCCCUACUGCACCCCCCUACUGCACUCCCCUACUGCACCUCCCCUACUGCACUCCCCUACUGCACCUCCCCUACUGCACUCCCCUACUGCACCUCCCCUACUGCACUCCCUACUGCACCUCCCCUACUGCACUCCCCUACUGCACCUCCCCUACUGCACUCCCUACUGCACCCCCUACUGCACUCCCCUACUGCCAUUCCCUAUUGCACUCCCCCCCCUAUUGCACCACCCCUACUGCACCCCCCUACUGCACUCCCCUACUGCACCUCCCCUACUGCACUCCCCUACUGCCAUUCCCUAUUGCACUCCCCCUAUUGCACCACCCCUACUGCACACCCCUACUGCACCUCCCCUACUGCACUCCCCCCACUGCAACUCCCUACUUCACUCCCCUACUAGUAGCAGGAGUAGUAGUAGUAGCAGGAGUAGUAGUAGUAGUAGCAGCAGUAGUUCUGACCACUCUGGGACCUACCACCAGUCUGACCACUCUGGGACCUGCCACCAGUCUGACCUCUCUGGGACCUAUAGUACCACCAGUCUGACCAAUCUGGGACCUGCCACCAGUCUGACCACUCUGGGACCUGUGGUGUCACCAGUCUGA